AUGGUGGAGGCGGAGCUGGCGCUGGGCCUGAGCCAGCUGGAGGCCAUGGAAGAUGAGAUCCAGGGCUCUGAUCAGGAGCUUGUGAGACUUCUUAACGACCAGGAGGCGACGCUGGAGGGCCUCAUGCGCCUGGAGAAAGAGGCGCAGACCUGGCGGGGCCAAUGGGACGAGGAGAACGCCCACCGCGAGGUCCUGGAGAACGAGCUGAACGCGGCGAAGCACCACUUCAACGGCGAGCAGGUGGCCCUGCAGGCCACCUGCGAGAAGCUCUCCACCCACAUCGAAGACUUGGAGCAGGAGAUCCGCUCAGCCUCAGACGAGCUGGUCCAGAAGCGCCGACACUUCGUGAGCCGGGAGGCGGAGAGCUCAACGCGCCAGGCGGCGGCCGAGGCGCACCUCAAGGAGUCCCAGGAGCUGCUGGCCUCCUGCCGUGACCGCCUGCGGGAAGCCGCAGACCAGCGGGCUCGGUCGAAGUCAGAGGCGGAGAAUCAGCGUGCCAAGUGCGUGGAGGUCAUCGGGGUCUUGGAGCGCGACCUGGAGAACCAGGUCCAGGUGCUUUUGACGGUGAGGGAGCGCUACGAGGCUAUGCUGCAGAACGAGCAGAAGGUCCACACGCAGGCAAGGUUCUUACAGAUGUGCGGUUUGACAAUCUGA